UACGAAGUCAAAUCGCUGUCUAAUGUAGUUCAAAGUUAAUUUAAUGCUUUAAAAUGUAUUUGAAAUCUUUAUAUAUAUUGACUAUAGUAAUUAAUAUGGUUUUUGGAGUGCUUUUUCACGAGCCAUCGUCAUUAAAAAUAAUGCCUUCGGAAGAUAUAGAAAAUAUGGCAUUUGGAUUUUCAAUCGGUUAUCAAAAAUCCGGGAAACUGGUAAUCGGUGCACCGUAUAGCGAUCUGAACGGACGAGUGUAUAUAUGUGCUAUUGAAGAUAUAUUAAAAAACAACGGCAUCUGUGAAAAAGCUAACAUAGACGUGGAAAGACUCACCGUAAACUCUACUAGAGAAGAUUAUCCCGACCGUCAUUACUGUCUUGGUGCAUCAAUUACUGCAACGGACGACUACUUCUUGACUUGUGCCCCAUUUUGGAAGUCAUCGUAUGAUAAAAUUCAGCCAGUCGUUACCUCCAGCUCCUAUGGUACUUGUUUCAUUUACAAUGGUACAGCAUAUCUUUAUAAUGGACCUUACGAACAAUUCAUCAAAAACAAGAUCAAUAGACAUUCUUUUGGCAAUGGACUUGGUUGGACUUCAUUGUAUGAUCAAAGUAAUAAUUUAAUACUAUUAUCCAAGAUAUUUGACAGAGGCUACUUCAGUUAUAUUUCAAGCGAAGAUCCUUUAAAACCUUCAUGGUCCAUAGAAAGCAUUGGUGGUUCUGCCUGGUUCCAAAGUAUUGUCAAUAAGUUCCGCUAUGUUGGGUCUGCUCUGGCAUCGGGAACGUUCUUUUAUUCUGGUAUUAAUCAAACAUUGUAUGCAUUUAGUAUGCGAACAGAUGACACAUACGGAAAGAUAUCAUUUUUGCGAUAUAAAAAUCAAAAAUUGUAUUUGGUGCCACGCAUCAGCAUCGAUUUUGAAGCGAUUAACACAAUGUUCGGUUCGGCGAUGCUCGGGGCAGAUAUUAAUUCUGACGGAUACACGGAGCUACUGGUGGGAGCGCCUGCCUUUUAUGAAGACGAUGCCUAUGAAACAGGCGCCUUGUACAUCUACACAGGUGGCGAUUUGGCCACUAUUGGAAGCAGGAACAGAACGCGGUUAAUCGUUGGUAAUAAAGUGGGUGCGAGGUUUGGCAGUGCUAUCGCUUCGACCGACGUCGACGGAGAUGGUUUCCCAGAAGUGAUUGUGAGUGCUCCAUACGAAGACUUAGGUAUUGGCGCUGUAUACAUCAUAUAUGGGAAAGAAUUGAACAAGAAAUGUCUGAAAGGCAAUGACUUUAAGGAAACAAUGUACCUCUCGCAGUUCGUGUCGACACAAAGAAUUCAGAAUGUUGACUUCAAAUCUUUUGGAGUCACGCUUCAAGUCAUCAAUGAUGUAGAUAACAACGGUGCCGAUGAAUUGGCUGUGGGAUGUCCUGAAAGCUCGCGUGUAAUUAUGUACCGAGGCGUCCCUUCGGUAGGUGUGACUGUAACUUCACACCUCGUCGGUGAUCAGGUGGUUCGCAUAAAGGCCAAGAAUUUUACGGUCCGAGUGGUGAUUGAUAUAAAUAUUCAUGAAAAGCCACUGAAUAUCACUGGAAAUUUAUUGAUUGAAAACAAUGUUGUGGGGGAUGGUGUACAAAUAAGAUACGAUCAAGAAUUGAAGACAAUUAGUUUAUCACGAAAUAAAACAAAGUGCGUGAUUGAUGUUGAUGUUGAUAUCAGUAAUGAUGAACCUGGUACUUAUAAGUUUACGACUUCAGUAAAAUUAGACGAGGCAAUGUUUCAAAAUGACGCAUUCAAUCCGUCAUGGGUGGCAAUAUAUCCAGAAAAUCCUACGUCAUCUCUGGACAUUGAGCGGCGAUGCUCAGGCGAGAGCUGCUUACCGCAAUUAAAUAUGACACUGGAAUGGUCUGGAAGUAAAUCUUACAAGUUGGGAUCUACAAAGUCGGAGCAAGUGAUAAUGCAUUUUAAAAACCACGGCAACAAUUCGUACGUGCAGACAUGCGUUUAUUUGAGGAUCAGUGGAGGCCGCGUAGGGAGGAAUACUUGCGACGAACAGGACGGAACAUAUAAGUGCUUACUACCAUUACCGAUAAAGAGAAAUGAAGAGCAUAUUUUAACAAUCCCUAUAGAUAUGAGUAGUCCGACAAAUGAUUUGAACACUUUAGUGGUCGACGUGAAAUUCUACAACAGCAGUUGCGUUAUGCAAACCGAAUACCAAGAGACGCAGCUAGUCGUACCUUUAGAGUUGAACGCCGAAGGCAUUGCUAUAAACGGUGCAUCACGUGAUCGAGUGGUUACCGACAGCGACGUAAUGGAUAAGACAGUGGAAACUUGUGAAAACUUCCAAGAAUAUGCGAUUAUAAACAAUGGCAGCAUAUUGUGGAGACGUGUUCGUGCUAUAAUUAAAUGGAAGAAGCAAAUAUUUAUUAAAGAAUAUAAAAUAUUUCAAACUUCCGUAACGACGGACUGUGUCAGACAAGACACGAGUGAGGAAGUGACAUACGUGUGUAUGCUAACCUUAGAACCGAAUUCCAUAUUCAAAAUAAUUCCAACUACAAUUAUAAUGGAAAACGACGUUGAGAAAUAUCGAGUUGGAAACACGCUCAACAUAUCUUCAAGUCUAGAGUUAUAUUUGCUUCCCACAGAAGAAAAGAAAGAGUUUUCAUUAACUACAGUUAUAAAGUACCACAAGGAGCUAUCAAUUGGACAAAAUAAGCCAUUAAUAAUAGCAAUAGCGGUUAUAGUGGCUUUAUUAAUAUUAGCUCUAGUCAUUUAUAUUCUACGUAAGAUUGGCUUCUUUAAAAGAAACACAAAAAAGAAAUUAAUACAAGAGAAGAGGGAAGAUGAAUUAAGGAAAAGUGUGAAACGAAUGGCGCCUUCUGGAGCAAACGAUGCCAGUACGAGCUCGGGUAGCACAGGACUUCAUAAUAAAGCCUUAGAAUCUACAGAAAUACCAUUCAAGUCAGAAUGCUCAGAUAUAGAAAUUUGUGAAGAAGACAACCUCAUCAAGACACGGGAAGUUGAAGUUCAUUAG